UGAACAACAUCCCAGGCAUGGCAGUGGAGCGCAGAUGAGCACAGGGGCUGGAUGGACUAUGGCUCUCUCCAGAGGUUUGAGAUGCUGUCAAAAGGUUUUCUCUUGGAUCCCGGUGCUUAUCAUAACCUCCGUGGUGUUGUGGUCCUACUACGCCUACGUAUUUCAGCUAUGUUUAUUCACUCUCACCAACACGUUUGAAAAAGUGGCGUAUCUGUUGGUGUUUCAUGUUUGCUUUGUGAUGUUUUCCUGGACCUACUGGAAGUCCAUCUUUACUCCACCUGCAUCACCAUGCAAGAAGUUUCAGCUGUCAUACUCUGACAAGGAAAGGUAUGAGAUGGAAGAGAGGCCGGAUGCUCAGAAACAAAUCCUGGUUGAGAUCGCAAAGAAACUGCCCAUCUUCACCCGAGCUCAAUCUGGAGCUAUCAGGUUCUGUGACCGCUGCCAAGUACUGAAGCCUGACCGCUGUCACCACUGCUCCGUUUGUGAAACAUGUGUUCUGAAGAUGGACCAUCACUGUCCAUGGGUGAACAACUGUGUGGGCUUUUCCAACUACAAGUUUUUCCUGCUUUUCCUCUCGUACUCCAUGCUGUACUGCAUAUUCAUUGCAGCCACGGUCUUUCAGUACUUUCUCAAGUUCUGGGUGGGGGAUCUGCCAAAUGGGCCUGCAAAGUUCCAUGUCCUCUUUCUCAUGUUUGUGGCGCUCAUGUUCUUCGUCAGUCUCAUGUUCCUCUUUGGCUACCACUGCUGGUUGGUGGCCAAGAACAGGUCCACUUUAGAGGCCUUCUCAGCUCCAGUAUUUGUCGGUGGUCCAGACAGAAAUGGCUUCAAUGUUGGUGUCCGUAGAAACCUGCAGCAGGUAUUUGGAGAGGACAGGAGGCUGUGGCUCAUCCCUGUCUUCACAAGCCAAGGUAAUGGACACUACUUCCCCUUGAAGAAUGUGAGUGAAUCCCAGAACCCCUUAUUAGCUAAUGAGGAGAUGUGGGAGGAGUCGGAUGAUUGCUCUGACGAAGGGAGUUUGGUUGAUGAGAGAGACCCCUCUGUUACCAUAGAGAUGGAGGAAUAGCGGAUGGGUAUGCUUAACAUAUGGAACAAUACACAUAUUUAAAUAUACUGGAACAGGUGAUGUAGAUCUAUAUCAAACGCACACGCUGUACCAUGAGGCAAAUGCAGUCUGAAUCCUGUGGAUGUUCAGACGCACUCAAAAAAGAAGCCAAACGUGUGGAUGAAACCUGCAGUUCUUCGUCAUUGCCACUUUUACCCUGGUGUUCUACUUAAUCACAGAGAAAAAGGAACCAGAUGGGCAACCAACAGCAUUGCUCCUCCUGCUUGGACGGAUUAACGACAGUAUCACUUCGAUUUGGGAAAAAGGAAAAACAAAAACCUGUCAAAUAUCAGCUCACAUACUCUAGAGACAAGUGUUGUUUACUAUGGGUCUGACACUUCCCUCUGGGUGUUCAUCUCAAGGCGUUGGCCUCUGCGGGACUAUAAAUGAUCGUUAAGUGGGAUGCUUCUGUCUGGCACUGUGCUCUUUAUACUGUAAGUCUCUCUCUCUCUUUUCCAGUGCUGGGCCUUGAGUUAACUUUGCAUACAAUAUCACACCUCAGCUCUUGGUCUAUUUAAUUUAAGCUCACACCCAUAAUGCCCUAGAGGUGUCCUGUGGUGAUGUAAGACACUGGGGUUUACCAGUCAGUGUCUCACAGUACAUUAACAGAUUAUAUCUUUUUUUUUUUUUUCUUUUCCAAAACCUGACUAAACCUGCGCCUUAUCUAUUCCUGUGUUUUGGGAAUCUAUUUCCAAAGAAUGUAUCUGGUGUCCUGCUUGUGGGCACACUGCGCCCUGUCUGUGCCAACAUACUGGGCACCUAUUUUCAAAAGGACCUAUUACAUGUGUUGAGGACAGCCUUUUUUCAGCAGCGAUAUUGGAGUCAGUAUACCAUUGCCAGUGUGCAGUCAGACUGGGGUUAUAGUAGGAAAAACAAACUGGCAUACAUUUGUAGCUUUCACUUCACAGCUUGUUAUUUUCUGAAAAUUAUGCUGAAAUAUCACAGUGUAACAUUACAACAGGUUUGGUUGGGAUGACUGGCCGGCUGUUUGGGUAUAAAGUGACAAGGCAGGCGAAGUGAAGCUUAAAUUGGUCACAUGCACAAAAUCACACAUCCGAGAGAGAGCGCAUCUGCCCAUUUGUCCAUUGUCUGCUUUUUGAUCAUAUGAAAUGCUACCUGAAACUUUCGAGAACCAUGCUGCUCUUGUCUCUGUACGUCUCUUAACUGUUUGUGGACAUACAGCACAUGCUAUGACCAUUCCUGUUUUCUACAGAUUAGAGUUCAAAGAAGUAGAUAUGAGGUACUGAUGACUGAUCCUCAUCCACUGGUUGGUAGAGGUCAGUGUUCUUCUGUAAUAUGAUGUGUUGAUUUUUUUUUUUCUAUGUUUAUGUAAAGAUUUUUAAAACCAAUGAAACGACUUUUCCUCAUUGAGACCGUUUAGAAGACUGAGGAGUAGUUACUCAUAGGAUCUUAGCCUGUGUACUUUGUUGAAGACCAGACUCAUGCACUGUAAUUGAAAAGACCCAUUUAUUCAAUACAAGGGGAAAGUCAGAUAAAUAUAUAUACAUAUAUCAAAACCUUUAUGAAGGUGUUUAUCUACUUGACACUUUUACUUGCUUCUUUAUAUCCGUUUUCCUACUAUGUUGGGCAAGCCAAAUCAAAUGCUCAUCAUAUCUGAAAAAUACUGCAUAUUGUUGAUUAAAAUACUUCAUUUUUUCUGUGAUGUAUGUUUUUAUGUUUGAAAGUGUGUGUAGAGAUUUGAAGAAAGAUGUGGAUGUUGAGUGUCAAAUGUUCAUGUGGUCUUGUGUCUAUUUAUUGAAAUGCUAUUCAGAUUUUUUUCUGUGUAUUGAGUUUAUUCAUUUGUAGCUGCCGUGGGCAGUAUCUGUACAUGUUGCUCCUUUAUCAUCGAGUGGAAAUUAAAAUAACCGAAACAGCCUGGAUUUAUCAAACAUUCAGAUGUUUAUUUACCUUGGGGAAAGGACAAAUCACUCACAGUGGACUGUACAUGAGACUUUUGCAGAAAGGAACACAGUAUUACUGGAGCACAUUAUGAUCCCUCUUGUCAGUAUGUGAUUAUGGAGCUUCCUUUUUUCAAUACCUCUUGACCAUCAAAAAUACUGACAAUGUUUCACUGUUCUGUCCAUUAACAUAAAAAAUUCUUUAUUGAUCCAUCAGUAAACAUAACCUGCUAAAUAAAAUUGUCAAAGUUAAAUGUAUCUAUGGUUCUGCAUCAUUUUGUUUCUAUAGCGCAAGUUUCACACACAAAA